AUGGCUGGUAGAAAAUACAUGUUCAUUUCCAACCUCUUCCUCUUCUUUUCUCCUCUGCUCAUCCGUAUCUAUCUCCUCACCCCAGCGUGCGUCUGCGGUCCAGCCCGGGCCCCUUUUCUCGCUGGCCAGCCUUUCCUAGUGCUGUGGGGGGUCCCGGAUAAAGACUGUUUGGGUCGGCCAGACCCAGCAGGAUUUGGAAUGGAGUGGGAAGGCCGUGUGGCCAUUUUUUAUGAGGACACACUGGGACUUUUCCCGUAUUUCACGGCACAGGAUCGUUCUGUAAACGGUGGUCUACCGCAACACACCAGCCUUGACCUUCACCUCCAGAGGGUGGAGGGCGAUCUGACAGCCACACUUCCCCAGGCAGGAGCACCUGGUCUGGGGGUGCUGUGCUGGCAGGAGUGGGCACCACAGUGGAAUAGGAAUAGGGGUAGUAAAACAAAGUACCGUGUGGAGUCAAGGGCGCUUCUUAGGGGAUUUUUUCCAGACUGGGGCGCAGAGGAGGUGGAAAGGUGGGCUCAGGUUGACUUUGAAGCAGCAGCCCAGUCCAUACUGAUGGAGACGCUACGAGAGGUUAAGAGACUGCGCCCACAGAGAUUAUGGGGCAUGACCCCUUAUCCCAACUGUUAUAACUUUGACUCUGCCCAGAUAGCGCUAGCCAAUUACACAGGACGCUGUCCCGCGGCAGAAAUGGCUCUUAAUGAUGAGCUGAUAUGGCUAUGGAAACAAAGUGGUGCUCUUUACCCAAUCCUCUCACUUGAGAAGCUGCCAGAGGGAAGCAAGGGGGCGUGGCUUUACGCAACCAAUCAGAUAAGAGAAGCGUUGCGUGUGGCGGCACUCGCAGGGACCACUUUUGAUCUUCCAGUGUUUCCGUUGGUCAAGACUUCAUAUAUUUCCACUAGCAGCUUUCUGUCAGAGAUUGACUUAGUGAAUACCAUAGGAGAGAGUGCUGCCAUGGGUGCAUCUGGAGUCAUUAUAUGGGAAAGAGCCUUAGCAGUUAAAACUCAGAAAUCCUGCUCUGAGUUUGGCCUAUACGUUCGUGAGAUCCUCGGCCCUUACGCUGUCAACGUCACCACUGCCGCCCGUCUAUGCGGAGUCUCCCUGUGUCAGGGGCGCGGGCGCUGUGUGCGCAAGAAAAAAGAGGAACGCACCUACCUUCAUCUUCCUUCACCCCACUUCCUGCUUGUGCCAAAUGGGGCCGAAGGCGUCAGAGCAACAGGAGAACUUCCUGCUGCUUUUAUAAACAUUUGGAGGAAGGACUUUCGCUGCCAGUGGUUCGAGGCUUUGGAAGGUGCAGCUGCAGAUCAGGAGUCAGAUGCAGUGGUGGAAAAAGGACAAAAAUUAACAUUACCUACAGUAAAGACCAUUAGUGGGAUCAGACCGAGUGAAAGCACGGUGGUAACCACAGCUCCAGUUACAGUACUACCUACUAAACUAAUGAUGGACAGUGGAAGCUGUGCACUUAAUAUACCUGUCGUGCUUCUAUCCUCGCUGGUUCUUGUCAACUUCAUUCUGUUUGAUGUGUCUGGAACCGUAGUGUGA